AUGUCACAUCAAUCAGUUUUAUCACAAUCUGGUGGCAGUGGAUGCGAUUCUACUGUCACUUUGGGAAAUUUACAAUCCGUGGGGCCCAGCAAUCAAAAUUUUUCAGCUAUGAAUUCGUCCUCACAAAGCGUCAGUCCCCAACACUCGUCGCAAAGUCAACCGCAGACACAACAAACGUCACAAACAUCGCAACCUUCAAAAAUUCAUCAACCAUUAACAUCUUCAUCCACUAGUGGAUCUUCGAUUGAUCCUUUGCAAUUUUUGUCGAAAGCUCGAUUACAAGAUUUAGUGAAAGAAGUUGAUCCUACCGAACAGCUGGACGAAGAAGUGGAAGAAAUGCUGUUACAGCUUGCUGAUGAUUUUGUGGAAACAACUGUCAACGCAGCUUGCUUAAUAGCCAAACAUCGUCAUGCCAAUACUGUGGAAGUUAAAGAUGUACAGCUUCAUUUAGAAACAAAUUGGAAUAUGUGGAUUCCUGGUUUUGGAACUGAUGAAGUUCGUCCUUACAAAAGAGCAACCGUCACUGAAGCUCACAAGCAACGAUUAGCUCUAAUCCGAAAAUCUAUAAAAAAGUAUUAACCUCCUAGAAUAAUUCAAAUGUUUUCUAUUAAAUAAGUUUUUUGUUUUAAGUUAUAAAGCAUUCUAGUUGUUGACACAUUGAAAUACAUCAUACUUUGUACAAGA